AUGGUGGAAGCAAAGUCUAGCAAGAUGAAAGCAGUCCGCAAGACUGUAGUGCGCUACCACAAGCCGCUGACAGCGAAGGACAUUAUUCGAGGCCCUGGUGUAGCGAAGGAUCGCUUUCCUUUGCUGCAGCGCUCUCAGUUCGGUGUUCCACCUCAGACAUUCGACUACGACUGCGAUCGCCUGCAUAUGACCGUCGAUGAAAUUGCCGACGACAUCCGCAUAGCCAGGCGAGGGGACUUUCACUACCGCGUCCGCACCAAAGAGAUCACUGCACUCAAGGGCAAAAGCACCGCCCUCCUCCGAAGCGUCAUCGACGCGCGCGGCCUCACCAAUUUCACCGUCCUCGGCGACAACAGCCUGAAGGACGUGACCCAUCAACUUGCACAGCUCCUGUACAUCCUUCACGCGCCCGACGUCAACGAGGUCAAGAUCCUGCGCCCAGGGCGGUCCACGAAGUUCUACGAACGCGCCGUGUACCACUUUCUCUCCAGCUUGAGCACCCGCACGUCCCUCCAGCACGUCAGCCUGAACAUGCAGUGUUGCUACAAGCCCGGGCUCGGGAAGUACCUCCGCUCCGCCGCGGCGCGCCACCUUGUUUCUUUCCGCCUCCAGACGUCCGCCAACGUCGAGGAGUACCUCGUCGGCGCGCUGCACAACAGCCACAUGCUGCCGAACCUGCAGCAGCUCACCUUGAGGGGUAUUCCUGAGCUGACGCCCGAGCGCCUUUUUGAGAACCUUCGCAAGCGCCAUGAUGCGGGGCACACCCUACCCCUCCUCGUUGAAUGGGACCGUGAAGUCCCAACGGAAAUUGUGUCGGCCGCUCGGAAGUUGCGCAUCUUUUUCCAGAAACUUGAGUAA